AACACAAGGUUCUUGAAAACAAGAGUAAAUGGCCAUGGCCUGGCUAAUAUGGCCGUUCCUACUAUUCCUAACAGCACUUCCCGCAAAUUCAAUAACUGAAUCAGAAUCAUUGUUGAAGUUCAAGCAGUCAUUAAACUACGCCACGCCUCUCGAUUCUUGGACACCAGAUUCAGACCCUUGUGGAGGAGUGCAACUAUGGGUCGGAAUACUCUGCAACAAAAACUCAGUCUUUGGCUUACGGCUCGAACAGAUGGGUCUCUCAGGAACCAUCGACGUUGCCUCCUUAAUGGACUUACCAGCGUUACGCACCUUAAGCAUAAUGAACAACUCCUUCUCCGGUGAUAUACCCGAAUUUAACCGGUUAACCGGUCUGAAAUCUAUUUAUUUAUCGGGUAACCGGUUCUCUGGUAACAUCCCUUCCAACUAUUUCUCAACAAUGGUUUCUCUGAAGAAAGUUUGGCUCUCAAACAACGAGUUCUCUGGUCUCAUUCCUCUCUCGUUGGCCACUAAGUUGCCUAAUCUAAUAACGUUACACCUCGAAAACAAUCAGUUCAUUGGGAAUAUACCGAACUUCACCCAACCGAGUUUAGUUGAUGUUGAUCUCUCAAACAACAGACUAAACGGAGGAAUACCAUCCGGUUUGUCGAAAUUUGACGUGAGGAUUUUCGCGGGGAAUCCUGGCCUUUGCGGUGAGCAGCUAGCAACUACAUGCACGCAGCCGAAAGAUGCGACUGCAUCGAUUUUAAUAGACGGGACAAUGAAAGAUGCCUAUAAGACCAAAUACUAUAUAGCAUUUGGUACACUAGGGUUCCUUUUAGUGGUUACCAUCAUCUCCUUGUUCUUCAAGAAGAAGAAAAAGAGGAGAAAGAGGAGGAAGAGGACGCGUCGUGCCUCUGAACAAGAAAGCAACGACGACCAACAAAUCCAGGUAAUAGUUGACGGAUCAAGAACUGGUGGCUCGAGGCAGAGUAAGAGCAGUCGCUCCGGCGAGCUGAGUGAUAGAUCAACAGGUUUGACGGGGACGGCGGAUUUGGUGAUGGUGAACAAAGAAAAGGGUGUUUUCCGUUUAUCAGACUUGAUGAAAGCAGAGGCUCACGUUCUCGGAGACUCUGGUGGCGGUGGCAGCCGGCCUAGCAGCAGCGGAAGCGUGGGAUCUGCGUACAAGGCAGUGAUCGAGAGCGGUGUCACGGUGGUGGUGAAGCGUGUGACGGUGAUGAAUCAAGUGAGUUUAGACGUGUUCGACAAGGAGAUUAAAAACUUAGGAAGCUUGCGACACAAGAAUGCAUUAACACCUCUUGCUUACCAUUUCCGACAAGACGAGAAACUGCUUGUGUCUGAAUACGUCCCCAACUUGAGUCUUCUUCACCGGUUACACGGCGAUCCCGGGGAGGCUUCUCGGUUAGAUUGGCCUUCACGGUUUAAAAUCAUCCUUGGAAUUGCGAGAGGGAUGUGUUACCUCCACAAGGAGUUAGGGUUUCUAAGCUUACCUCACGGAAACCUAAAGUCGAGUAAUAUAUUCCUAGCCGACGACGGCGAGCCACUCAUCUCCGAGUUCGGACUACAGAGACUGAUUAACCUCGACGAUCAAGUUCAAUCUCUAGUAGCGUAUAACUCUCCCGAUGAAACCGUCUCUUCGAAGUCUGAUGUGUUUAGUUUCGGGGUCGUGGUGUUAGAGAUCUUGACGGGGAAGUUUCCGUCGCAAUACGCCGGAUUGAAUAGAGCUGGCGGGACGAAUGUGGUGGAGUGGAUUGGCUCAGCCGUGGAAAAAGGUGAGUGGAUGGAUCUGCUUCAUCAUACGGUCGUAGCCGCCGCUGCUGAUGAUGAAACGUCGUCGGAGGAGAUAGAGAAUGUUUUACGGAUUGGUGUGAGGUGCACUGGAGAUGAUCCAGAUCGGCGGCCUAGUAUGGGUGAAGUUGUUGACGAACUAACGAUGGAAGAUUCUAGCGACGACUUCAUCACCAUAGAAACUUAGCUUCACUUUUACUUUUGAGAUCCGAUGAGUUCCAACCGUUAGAUUCGUGCAGAUUCACCAUUUUUGUAUUAAUUAUGAUU